GUGUGCGUACGUGUGCCCCUGCCCCGGAGGCGGGACCCCCGUGACCACGCCCUUCCUGCCACCACAGGUCAUCGCCACCCACCACAUGCCAUCCAUCUCCUUUGCAUCCGGCGGAGACACGGACAUGACGGAUUACGUGGCCUACGUCGCCAAGGACCCCAUCAACCAGAGAGCCUGCCACAUCCUGGAGUGCUGUGAGGGCCUGGCGCAGAGUGUCAUCAGUACCGUGGGCCAAGCCUUUGAGCUGCGCUUCAAGCAAUACCUGCACAGCCCACCCAAGGUGGCCCUGCCCCCGGAAAGGCUGGCGGGGCCGGAGGAGUCGGCCUGGGGGGACGAGGAGGAGGCCGCGGAGCACAGUUACUACAACAGCAUCCCCGGGAAGGAGCCGCCGCCGGGCGGGCUGGUGGACUCCAGGCUGGCGCCGACACAGCCCUGCGCCCUCGCCGCCCUCGGCCAGGUCAGUCUCUGCCCUUGGGGGACGCGGGACGCGGGGGGCGGGGUGGGGGUGCCCCAGCGGCUGAGACACAGUCCUGCGCCCUCGCCGCCCUCGGCCAGGUCAGCCUCUGCCCUUGGGGGACGCGGGAUGCGGCGGGCGGGGGGGGUGCCCCAGCGGCUGAGUCCUUGGACCUGCCUCUGGCUGGUUUUUGCUUCUUUCUCCUCAAUCUUGGAGGAGCGUCUCUCAGGAUUCACUCACUCGCUGGCUCCAUGA